AUGGACUCUGAUGUUGAAGCAAAUGGUGUAGAUGAAGGUGAUAUCAAUGAUAAUAAUGACAGUGCUGACCCUGAAGCUUCUCAAAAAACAAUGUCACACAUGUACGCUGGUCAUAGAUUUUAUCAUGCUUGUUAUCCUGAUAGACUUGUUACAGUUAUGUCAUGA